AUGAUAUCCGCACAGGUCCCCGCAUCGUCCACGCUAGUCUCCGCCGAGAUUCCUCUUACCGCCGGGUCCUCCAACACAAUCACCAUCAACACUUCCAUACCCAUUGACGCCAUUCACGUCACACCUCCCAAUGGAACGUACUACCCUUGCACAAACUUUACCCUUGCCGGGUCUACCACGCUGACUACGUGUGGGAGCGGUUAUUGUCAGCCGGUUGGCUCAAAGGUUGGCUACAUCAGCCCCAGUGGCACUGCCAAAGCAACGAUUUCCGCGACUACCAGUGGGAGCAAGUAUCUGGAGAUUGACUGGAUAAAUAAUGAUAUUGCCUUCGACUCGUCCUGGGGUUGGGGAUCCAACUCUCGGAACUUGACCGUGACGGUGAACAGCGAGGACCCGGUGAGGAUCGAAGUGCCGCUGAGCGGAAGACAUAGCGAGCUGUUCGGUCCGGGAUUGGGAUGGUGGGAUACAUCGACUUUAGGACUACUGACUAGUGGCUGGAAGGAAGGGUUAAACGAGGUCGUAGUUGGAAAUGUGGGGGGUGACGAGGGAUUUCAAUCUUAUGGAGCCGACUUUGUGGGAAUCCGAGUGCUGGACUAG